AUGGCUGACGCGAACGCCCCCUUCGCUCUCGUCAGCCGCCUCUCCCCGGCCGCGCGCCUGCCCAUCCGUGCCUGGAGGGCCGCGAGGCCAGCGCCGCUCUCGACCGGCGGGAGAACCCGCCCGCUCUCCGUGGCCUCCGCGGCGCAGGAGAACAGGGACAACUCCGUCGACGUCCAAGUCAGCCAGGCCCAGAACGCCGGAAACCAGCAGGGCAACGCAGUCCAGCGCCGCCCUCGUCGCGCUGGAUUUGACAUCUCCCCGUUCGGGCUAGUGGACCCGAUGUCGCCGAUGAGGACGAUGCGGCAGAUGCUUGACACGAUGGACCGGCUGUUCGACGACGCCGUGGGGUUCCCCACGGCGCGGCGCUCGCUGGCGGCGGCGAGCGAGAUGCCGCGGAUGCCGUGGGACAUCAUGGAGGACGACAAGGAGGUGAAGAUGCGGUUCGACAUGCCCGGGCUGUCGCGGGAGGAGGUGAAGGUGAUGGUGGAGGGCGACGCGCUCGUCAUCCGCGGCGAGCACAAGAAGGAGGCCGGCGAAGGCCAGGGCGAAGCAGCGGAAGGCGGCGACGGGUGGUGGAAGGAGCGCAGCGUGAGCUCCUACGACAUGCGCCUGGCUCUGCCGGACGAGUGCGACAAGAGUCAGGUGCGCGCCGAGCUCAAGAACGGCGUGCUGCUCGUGUCCGUGCCCAAGAGGGAGACCGAGCGCAAGGUCAUCGACGUGAAGGUCCAGUGA